AUGUUCUUCAAGACCCUCUCCCUCCUCGCCGUCCUCGGCUCCGCCUCCGCCCUCCCCCACGCCCACACCAACGAGGCCCGCCAGUCCCUGGCCGACAGCUUCAGCGUCAUGGCCUCGCGCUCCGCCUCGCCCAUCCACUUCCUCCCCAUGACCGCCCGCGGCGGCCACUUCUGGCUCGGCGGCAAGACCUCCUCCUACUGCCCGAAGGAGGUCGAGGAGAUGGGCGGCGUGUGCCCGCCCGGCACCGAGACGGCCUUUUUCGGCGAGCGCUCUCUGGCAGUCGAAGUCCCCGGCGGCCAGCAGGUCUACGUCGACCCCACCGGCGCCCUGAGCUUCACCGUCCCGCACAGCGGGUACAUCCCGCCCGGCUCGUCGACCGGCCCGUUCGAGUACACGCCCGGCACGCCUAUCGGCCACUGGGUGUACGAGGGCCAGGGCGCGAGCGGGUUCAUGGCCUGCCCCGUGCCCGUGAACGGCACCGCGGACGUGCAGAAGAGCCCCCAGUGGCAGGUGUAUGCGGCGCUGCAGAAUGCGACCGUGCCCUCAGGUAGUGUGCGCGACUGCCUUGGGUUCAGUGCGAUGGCUAUCGCGCGCAAUGGCAGCGAGUUUGCUGCUUGGGAGUACAUCUAA